AGAUAUGAUGUGAUAUCACAUUCUGAUUAUGUUAUGAAUGGACAUCGAUUUCAUACAACCGGUGUUUCUAUUGAAGCACAAACUAUUUGUCGAUCUAGCGUGAAGGAUAUAAGCCAUGUAGUUGGUAAAAUAUCUUAUUAUGGGGUUAUCAGAGACAUAAUUUUACUAAAUUAUCGUAGUUUUAAAGUUCCUUUGUUUCAUUGUGAUUGGGCAAAUAUAGAUAGUGGAGUCAAGAUUGAAGAAGGAUUUACAUUAGUAAAUCUUCAUAGAGGACAAUAUCAAUUUGAAAGAGAUCCAUUUAUUUUAGCAUCACAAGUAAAACAAGUUUUUUAUUUUAGAGAGAACGAUUCAUCUAGUUGGUAUAUUGUAUUAAAGGCACCUGCAAGAGGAUUUCAUGAGUUAGAAAAUUAUGAUGAGGAGGCUUAUACUCCAUCCACAUUAGAUACAUUAAGACUUGAUACGAUCGUUGAAGAUGAAAGUUAUGUAAGACAUGAUUGUGAGGGCAUUGAUAUUGAAUAUGGUAAUUGUAUAUCUUUAAUAUUCGUUCUUGCUCUGUUUUAAUUUACUAUUUAUGUGAUAUCGUAUUGAUGCUAAUGUCUGUAAUGUCUCUAAUUUGAUUAUGUCUUGCUUUAUUUUUGUAGAUAUAAAUGAUGAAAGCUGAGUUUUGUAGAUGUGAAUGUUCGUACGAGUGGACAAAAGAUGACAAACACUGGUGAAUUAUCUAAUCAAGGCUAUAAAAAAGCAAAAUGAGCUAAAAAAGCUUCAAAAGUUAUUGCUACAAGAGAAGGGAAUGAAGGGAUAAGAAUAUCAGAGGAGGUUCUAAUUCUAUUCCAAACAUACAAGAAAAUGAGGUGCAACAUGAUGUAGAAGUGUUACCAAAUAAUGCUAGUGCUACUAGAGAAGGAAAAAAGGGAAGGGGUUGAGCAAAAUUGAAUUAUCUCAACAAGGGAAAAUGUGCAAAAGUACCAGUAGAGUUUAACGAAAGAGGGCAGCCAAUUUGUAAAGGUUCAACUAAGUUAUCAUCAUUUAUUGGGACCACAGCUAGGGAACUUAUACCAAUUACAUGGAAAAAUUGGAAAGAUAUUAGCGAAAGUCUUCUUGAUGACAUAUGGGAGCUUGUGCAGAGGGAAAACAAUUGGCAUGACACGAGUUGCUGCUCUCCUCAAGCCCGAUAAUGUUGAAUCAAUGGAAAAAUGGCGAGCAUUUGUCAAAGAAUGCAAUUCGCAACCGUAUCAGGAAAUGAGUGAAAGAUUCAAAAAGAUGAGAGCAAAUCAAAAUAUAAUGCAUACAACAAGUAGAAAGGGCUUUGCUCGUUUAGAAGUUGAAAUGCGUGCCGAAAGUGAAGACCCAGAUUCCAUAACAAGAGAUGAUGUUUAUAUUCGAGGACAUACGCGAAGAAAUGGUUUGCCUAUUAAUGAAUCAGCUGGCGUGUUCAGAGACGAUUACCUCUCUGGACCAACACUCCCUCAAAGAUGAUGGUGUUGCUAGAGUUGUUGGUCCAGAACAUCGCGGACGAUUAAGAGGUCUUGGUUUCAGUGCGACUCCUUCAAAGUUGAAUGCUUUGGUGCAUAAUCAUGACUUGCAAACUCAAGUCCAAGAAUUGAGAGAUGAAAUUAAAGAAUUAAAAGCUUUGUUUCAAAUGAAGAGUAAGAUUGUUGUACAAGAAGAUGACGUAAGUAAAAAAAGCUGAAUGUUAUUCUAAAUUACAUAUACUUUCUAUAUUCAAAAUAAUAAAUUGUACAAUUGCAUAUGAAUUUUAUAGCUUAGAGACAAAAGCUUGAAUGGUUCAGAUAACCUUCAAAAUAAGAAAUCCAAAUUGUUAUCUUGGUUUCGGAAAGCUGAUAUUGUUGCAAAAGGUGAAAUCGCAUCAACAAAUCCAAGUGAUUUAGUGCAUCAUGUACCACUUGGUAAUGAAUGUUGGAGACUUUGGGUUAAUGAAGUGAUUGAUAACAUCAGUUUAUAUCAUCCUACACGUGAGCUUUUUCUUCUUGAAGAUGCAUUAGGAAGUACAAUAGCAUGGCCCAUUAGGUACAUCGAAGUGGAUUCGUUUUAAUCACAACAAAGGUAUGCUUGACUUCUUUUCUAUUUUAAUUCCAUUUACAUUUACAUUGAAUCUCAAUUGAAGACUAGGUUGCUUAAAAUCAAGAAGUUGAUGGGC